AUGGCGAUAUCUCUUCCCGCCGGUUUCCAGUUUGAGGCGGUCCAAUUCAUAGGGGCAUCGCCGGCGCCCACAGAACCAUCGCGACUGGGUGUGCUGACGAACUUCAAUGGAAGCUUUACUGGGUCAGGCUUCAACACAAUUUUUCGCCCGAAUAGCGGACCGCCAAACACGACAACAUUUCCCAGCGACAACAUCUUGGAGCUGAAUCUCAUAAAAGACGCAAUAACGUUCUCCGACGAUCUUGGCGCCGUGCCUAACCGCGGGCUUGAUUCGCAGAACGACAUCUUCCUCAAUGGCGUAUCUUAUGUACAGGCUGUCAACGAUGUUACAAACGAGAAAACUGGGAAGGCUGAUGGUUCUCCUACUGGCAUUCACUUCGAGCCUGGAUUGUGGAUGAACGUCCCGCCCACGAACAAUACUCCAGUCCUUGGCGAAUCGCUCGUGCGUAUGGCGUCUAUUCCACAUGGCACAACUAUCAAUGCUCAAUGCCUAGCGCCUACCACGAAUUUCUCAGGCCCACCCGAGAUCCCACCAGCCAGCAUAGCGCCAUUCCCUGUGGGCGGUGGUCCUCUAUUGACGCUUGAUAGCCUGAACGCCUCAGAGAUCUCCACUCUUCGACUGCCACAGGAUCUCUCAAAAUUCAUUGCUGCCGGCACCAUCACCCAAGACAUGCUCAAUGACCCAAACACUGUUCUACGCAACGCCAUCGAAGGACAGACUAUUAUCCAGACCACCACUUUUACGGUGGCCACGGCGCCUCCGCCUCCGGUGUUCGGGGGUGGAACAGCGAACAUCGCAUUCUUAGAAGGCAACCCCGCCGCUACGACUCCAAAUGCCAAUGCAAUCCAAAUGAAUGCUACCUUCUGGAUCGAGACGGUGCAAUAUAAGCUCAAAGUUCCAAUCUACAAGCGCGGACAAGCCCCGAUGAAACUCUCCCCGGUCUCACCAGCAUCUCAGCCCGCGCCGGUGUUCCUCGUCAGCCCUCCGCAUGCUAUCACUUCGCCCAAGACGAUCAUUGUCACUUCAAUACAGAUUCAGUAUUCCCAGAUUGUAUAUUUGGUAUUCGACCAGCUAGUCUGGCCGCAUAUAUCAGUAUCGACGCUGAUUCCGUCGCAGCCUGUGACAGUACCAGACUCUGCUUGGAAUUGA